CAUCGAGCGACGUGGGUGUCCACCGAACUUUUCUUGACCUUUCCCGCCCCUGCGAUCAAGGCGAUCAACCUCAUGCCACUGCGAAGUGACGAGACCGCUGGGCGAUUUCGCGUCUGGUUAUAUCUGGAUGACAAAGCCCCGAUACUCGUAUGGGACCGCAAAGUCGAAAACGGCUUCCCCGAAUUGAAGGUUCUUAAGCAGCGUAUACGGGAUCACGUACUACCCGGCCAAUCUCUCGGGCAUUCAGACAAAUGA